UGCUAGUGCAUGCGCAUGCGCAGCGGGGGCAAAGGUUUGUUUUCUGCAGGCCGCAGCGGAGGCAUGAAGACUGCGGCCGGGUCUGGGGAGGUCACCGUUGACCGGCGGUCGAAGCUGGUACUGUGCGUCCUCUGCGGCUUGCCGGCGGCCGGAAAGUCGACCUUCGCGCGUGCGUUGGCCCUCCGGCUGCGGCAGGAACGGGAUUGGGCCGUGGGCGUCCUCUCCUACGACGAUGUGCUGCCCCCCGCGCUCCCUGACGGCGCUGGCACACAGCCUCGGCCAUCCCAAUGGAAAAUGUUUCGACAAGAACUGUUAAAGCACCUGGAAUGCUUCCUCGUGGCGGUCAUUGGUGGGGGUCAGAUGUCUGCCCCACCCAACAGCACUGAAGCUGUGUGGGAAGAUUUUAUAACUUGCUUAAAAAAACAGGAUUUGAUCUUUUCUGCAGCGCUUGAGGCCCAGCCGUGCCACCUCUUGGCAAAAACUGUUGUUUCUAGACCUUUGUUUUUGGUGUUAGAUGACAACUUUUAUUACCAAAGUAUGAGAUAUGAAGUCUACCAACUGGCUCGGAAAUAUUCCCUGGGCUUUUGCCAGCUCUUUUUAGAUUGUCCCCUGGAAACAUGUUUGCUGAGGAAUGGCCAGAGACCCCAGCCACUGCCUAAUGAGACCAUCCACCUCAUGGAGAGAAAGAUUGAAAAGCCCAACCCUGAGAAAAACUCCUGGGAACACAACAGCCUCAUGAUUCAGAGUACAGCAUGUCCUGUGGAGGCCAGCCUGGAGGUGACUGAUUUAUUGCUUACUGCUUUGGAAAAUCCCAUAAAAUGUGUUGAGGACAAUACAGAACAAAAGGAAACAGACAGAAUUAUUUGUUCUACUAACAUCCUCCAUAAAGCUGAUGAGACACUCCGAAGAACCAUCUCUCAGACCAUGAAGGAAGCCAAAGAUGAGCAGAUACCUCUUAAUAACUUGAAGCGUCUAGCAGAAGAACUUAACAGGCUCAAAGCAGAUUUUUUGGAAGAUCUAAGACAAGGAAACAGAAAAUAUCUAUGUUUUCAACAAACCACUGACUUAUCAGAUGUUAUUUCUUCUUUUUGUGAUGAGAGAGAUACUGUUGUACAGAAGUAUUUUUCAAAGCAACAUUAAACUUUCUGAAUUUCUAAUCAAA